GAAUGAGAGAAACCACGGAGAGAGAGAGAGAGAGAGAGAGAAAGGAGCUUAGAGACUGAGACGGCAUUCAGAACGAGCCUAUGAGGAGAGAGAGAGGUCGAGCGAAGGAAAGAGCAGGCACAGGAAAGAUAAAGAACUGCAAAGUUAGUCAGGGAUGGCCUAGUUCUCCAAGGGCUUAUUUGGUCAAACUGAAGCACUGGGUCGAGCGCUUGAGUAGAGGCAGGCUGCUUGUGUUACUUUUGUAGAUUAAGAGCAGAUUGGAUGAUUUUGUGGCCAUCUAAAGCGGAGGUGCUAAUAGAGCGACGGGAGAAGAAAGAGAAGUGGGAGGCCUAGGUUUAGAACAUAGACGAAGAGAGGUACUAACUGUGUGGGUUCACCAGUAUGACCCAACCUAGGGUGUGAUCAAGGUGUAAAAUUGGUCAGUGACGUGUGUUGAGUGUGUGUGGAAAGGUCUUCCAGUUUGGCUCUGGACCCUGACUGGCAGUUGCUGCUACUGUGCAGGUAUGGAUUCCUCCACACUACUAAGCUUGGUGGGUGCAGCACUUGUUCUGUCAAUCAUCUUGCUGGCCAGUAUUUGCCUACACUGCAAAGGAAACAGCAAAUCAAAAUACAUAUCACAGCACUAUCAACAGUCCAGUCACGGGAACCAUGGAUUUACAAUUAUGCGCCCACAAUAUGCAGAGAAUCCUUUGCCCAACACCCUCCCUACUCAAAAUUCUCUACCGAUUAUUACUUCUCCAAUGGCUGAUGCCAGGCGGAGCUCUGCUUGCCCUUCCUUUGAUUGUGAAAGUGAGAUUGAUUAUGUGAAUCAAGAAGAUGAGGAUGCUGGAAAUGGCUAUGAGCUUCCCCCUGACAAGAAUCCCGACUAUCCUGACUAUCUGGAUGUGUUACCAGAUGACCCACAUGUGUCACAGCACAGUCUCGCCUCUUCUGCAAAUUCAGGACAAAAUUAUGAGAAUGUCAAUGAAGACAUAGAUGAUGAUGAUGAUGGUGGUGAUUCAGACAGUCAACAGUAUAUCAAUGUACCGGAUAACAUAGGAAGCAUCAUUGGAAGCUUCCAAACUCCAAUUGGAUCCCUUGGUAGCUGCAGCAGUGACGGCCAGGGCAGCUCAGACUAUGUAAAUGCUCCUAACCAAGAGUUGUGGGUUGUUCCACAUUAGAUGAUUUAAAACGGCCAACAAAGGUCAAGAAGAAAGCUGAAGAUCAAGCAGGCAGAAGUUUUAUAAUAUAUUUGAUGAGCAACUUUGUCGAGUUGCUAUUUUGUGUUUACCACACAUUUUUAAACAUCAUGCAUUCUGUACUGAAUAAACAUCACAUCCUAGAAGGAAAUCCAGACCCUUUAUUACAUUUUACCAUACUUUCUUGAAUUCUGUUGACAGGAUUUGCUGACAAUAACCUGAGAAUAUUUUUAAAACUUUUUAAAUGAUAUUUUCUUUAUUUUUAUUUUACAUGUACAAUUUCUGGCUUUUUUUCUAUAAUUUCAGCUGUUGUUCAUUGGCCGUUGUAUGUGAAAUAGUCCUUUCCUGCUCUGCAGCUGUUUAUUUGUAUGAUACUGAAAUAAAUGACACACCCCAACCGA